AUGACGUUGCGAGCUGAUACGAACGGCGUGGUCCUCAACGGCCACAGCCACGGCAGCAAUCCCGCCAGCAUAAAUGGCGAGCCCUCGAGGUUCAGGUCGCAGGAUCACUCUCGCAACCACAGUCCCGACGACCGCGAUCAUCGGCCUUCCAGCGCACCUGGCCGCAAGAACGGUCUAUCCUCCAGCGUCGAGAUCAGAGACGACAUAGGCAGCCAACGGCCCCAGCGCCCAAAUAAGCCCAUGCUCAUCCGCUCCAAGAGCGAGUACGCCAGACCUCAAGAGCAAGACGAGUCGGAGCAGGGCGACGACGAGAUCCCCGAAUGGGGAGCCAGACAUGGCUUCGAAGAUCACUAUCAAUCAGAACACAUCAUUACACAACUCGCAAGCAACUGGUGCAUGUAUUUUACCGACAAGCGACACGAGACGACCGGUAAACCCAAAGCUCUCCAGACUGAGCUCCACGACUGGCGUCAAAGAGACCGUCUAAAAACUGUCUCUGCCGCUCUCGCCGUCUGCCUGAACAUUGGCGUUGAGCCGCCUGACCAGCUCAAGACGAACCCUGGUGCCAAGCUCGAAGCAUGGACCGACCCGACCGUUCCCCCGGCUCAGAAGGCCUUGGAGAACAUCGGAAAGGCCCUGCAGUCUCAGUACGAGACGCUGGCCAUCAGGGCUCGCUACAAGCAGUAUCUAGAUCCGUCCGUUGAGGAGACGAAAAAGUUUUGCGUCUCGCUGCGCCGUAAUGCCAAAGAAGAGCGCGUCUUGCUUCAUUACAAUGGUCACGGUGUACCCAAGCCCACAGCCUCUGGUGAAAUUUGGGUCUUCAACAAGACCUACACUCAGUAUAUUCCAGUAUCAUUAUAUGACCUGCAGCACUGGUUACAAGCACCCACGAUCUAUGUAUGGGACUGCUCCGAGGCAGGCAAUAUCCUCAACAAUUACCAUCGCUUUGUCGAAAAGCACGAGGACGAGGAAAGGGAGACGGCCCAGCGUGACCCUCACUACGAAAAAACGGCUUUCCGCCCCUAUAUCCAUCUGGCCGCUUGCGCCGCGAAGGAAAAUCUCCCGACGAACCCGCUCCUCCCCGCCGAUCUGUUUACCGCGUGUCUUACCACCCCAAUAGAGAUGGCCCUCUGGUUCUUUGUCCUUCAGAAUCCGCUCAAAACAACUCUGACGCCAGAGCGCGCCAAGAAGCUUCCAGGUCGCCUCCAGGAGCGGCGAACCCCACUGGGUGAGCUCAACUGGAUAUUCACAGCCAUCACCGAUAGCAUCGCCUGGACUACGCUUCCGCGUGAUCUUUUUCGAAAGUUUUUCCGCCAGGAUCUCAUGGUUGCGGCGCUGUUUCGCAACUUUCUCCUCGCUCAAAGAGUCAUGAUGGUCUACGGCUGCCACCCUCAGUCGUAUCCGCAGCUGCCGGACACGCAUCAGCAUCCCCUCUGGGAGACUUGGGACCUGGCUGUAGACAUGGCGCUCGCGCAGCUUCCGAUGCUCGAGAAGAAGGAAACCGAUGGCACCGAAUACGAGUACCAAAAUUCGACCUUCUUCACCGAACAACUGACUGCGUUUGAGGUCUACUUGACGCGUGGAGACGCUGUUGCUCAAAAGCCGCCGGAUCAAUUGCCCGUGGUUUUGCAGGUGCUCUUGAGUCAGCAACACAGAGUUCGUGCACUUAUUCUUCUGGGCAGAUUUCUGGACUUGGGCCCAUGGUCAGUGCAAUUGGCUCUCAGCAUCGGCAUCUUCCCCUAUGUGCUUAAGCUGCUCCAGUCAGCCGCGACUGAGCUGAAGCCUGUCAUGGUGUUCAUUUGGGCUCGACUCAUCGCCGUUGAUAUAAGCUGCCAGCAAGACUUGGCCAAGGACAAUGGCUAUGGCUAUUUCGCGCAGAUCCUGAAGCCCACCGAGGCACUGCCAGUUGUCGACAGUGAUGAGCACAAGGCCAUGUGCGCCUUUAUCUUGGCUAUGCUUUGCAAGGACUACCAAAACGGUCAGAUGAUCUGUAACCAAACUGACAUUAUGACUUACUGCCUGACCCACAUCCAGAACCAAGAGAACCACCUCUUGAGACAGUGGGCAUGUUUGUGCAUCAGUCAGCUUUGGCAAGAUCUCCCAGAGGCAAAAUGGCGCGGCAUUCGAGAGAACGCCUACGUGACGCUAGCAUGCCUUACCAAGGAUCCUUGCUGUGAAGUACGCGCAGCCGUCAUUCACGCAAUGACCACCUUUCUCGGCAUCCCAGAUCUGACGGAAGAGGUGGCCAAGAUUGAAGAAUCAAUUGCCUGGACGAUUCUUGACAUGGGAACUGAUGGCAGCCCUAUGGUGCGCAAGGAAUUCUUAGUCUUCCUGUCACACUUUAUUGUACGCUUCGAAAGCAAGUUUUUGGUCACGGCGUAUGAACAGCUGCAGGAAGAAAAGGAUUACCUGCUCUUCCCUCCACCAGACGACGGUCACGAGCACAAAAUGGGCCUUCACUAUGCACGAGCUGAAAAUCGCAACAAGGAUGGAACCAUCAAACCUACGGCUCACGGUCUUUCGCACAACAGCGUCUACAUGGCCUGCUGGAAGCACGCUCUGAUAUUGAGCGUAGACCCUCACCCAGAUGUCCAACGUUCGGCUACUGUCAUAGUCGACUAUAUGCACAAUGCCCUCAUCAACUCAUCCAUUGGCGAGCAGGCUCACUCCUUGAUGCGCGACAUUCAGAGAAGAUCGAACCGCGCCGCUUUCAAGAGUGCGGCCACUGCUCAUCAGCGAAGAAGUCUCAUGAGUGGUAAUGGUGCGCCUGUCACAGCCCCUCUGCCAUCGCCAGGCCUUCUCCGGCGAACUGCGAGCCUCCUCUUCCAAUCGUUUGUUGGUACUGAGGACAAAUCUCGACCGACUACGCCAUCGGGCUCUACGACUUCCAUGGCACCGCCGAGAUCUCCCAAUACUCCUCUUCCUCCGGAUCAAGCUUCCGCGCCUCCUGAGCAAAAUGACACUUCUGGUGCCCCCGCCGCGUAUCACAUUGUCCGUGAGCCUGUUUCUGGGCAAUUUGAAGAACGGGACUUGACAGAGACCCCCACCCUGCCUCUAGUCAGCAAGUUUCUCGACUGGUCCACCGAGUACUUUCGAGAACCGCAGAUGAAGAAUAGCGAGGCAGACGAACCCGGCAGCACCAACUACAACGAGAGACUUUGGAGAAGGCAGCGAAAUGAGACGAUUCUGCGUGAAACGCAGCCUCUCAAACAGUUUGCAGGAAGCCAUCGUUGGAACAACCAGCUUGGCAUUGUCAACAAUGGCGCGCAGCCCGCAAAGAUGACGUUCCAUCAAUAUGAAGACCACAUGGCCGUGUCCGAUAAUGGCAACACUGUCAUGGUCUGGGACUGGAAGCGACAGGGUCGACUAAGCAAGUUUUCGAACGGCAACCCUGAAGGCUCCCGCAUCAGUGAUAUGAAGUUUAUCAACGAAGAUGACCAGGCAAUGCUGCUGACGGGCUCAUCGGAUGGCGUCAUUAGAAUUUACCGCAACUACGAUUCCGACAGAGAAAUUGCACUGGCUACGUCGUGGCGAGCAUUGACGCACAUGGUACCGAGCAAUGUCAACUCGGGCAUGGUUUUUGACUGGCAGCAAGUCAAAGGCCGAGUCCUUGUUGCGGGAGAUGUUCGCGUCAUUCGUGUGUGGUACGCCGCGAGCGAAACGUGUGUCAUGGACAUUCCUGCUCGAUCUGGAUCGUGUGUUACCUCGCUGACUUCGGAUCAAAUGACUGGAGACAUCUUUGUAGCCGGCUUUGGCGACGGAGCAGUUCGCGUCUUUGACACUCGCAUGAGACCUCAAGAGUCAAUGGUCCGCAAGUGGAAGGAUGAGACGGAUCGUCAAUGGAUCAAGGCUGUUCACAUGCAGCGAGGCGGCCAGCGCGAGCUUAUGAGCGCUAGUCGAAAUGGCAAAGUCAAGAUCUGGGACAUCCGAAUGGACAAGGCUUUGCGGUCGUUCCAAACGACGCGGGACACGCUUCGCACAGCGAGCACACACGAGCACUUGCCAGUAUUUGCAGUCGGCACCUCGACGCAUUCGGUCAAAAUCUUCAAUCUUGAAGGAGCAGAGCUCUCGCGGCUGGAGCCGUACUCGAGCUUUCUGCAGCAGAACCGCAGUUCGCCCAUUUCGGCGACGGCAUUCCACCCGCACCGUCCGAUCCUUGGAUGUGCGGCGCGAGGCGACCAUCACAUCAACCUUUUCACAUGUGAAAAGGGCGAGCCACUGAGUCUGCCUUGA